UCUCUCUCUAUCUGUCUCUCUCAAGUUAGGGUUUUUACGGUUCUUCUUCCCGUAAAACCCACGCACACUUCCACUCCAGCUUUCCACCGAAAACCCGAACCCGAAAAUGGAACCCAACGGCCAUGACGAAGCCUCUCGGAUCCUCCACGAGCUCCAAUCCCUCAAAGCCACAAAAUCCGACAUAGACCGCCGAAUCUCCGCCCUCGAAUCCCAGCUCCGCCACCUCAAUCUCCAAAACGGCACCGUCGUCAAAACCUCCGCCCUCCCGAAUCCAAUCACAGCCGCCCAUCACGAUCUCACCCCGGAGAUGAUCCACCGGUACAGCCGCCACCUCUUGCUCCCGUCGUUCGGAGUCAAAGCCCAGUCAAACCUCAUCAACUCCUCCAUCCUCGUCGUCGGAGCCGGCGGAUUAGGCUCCCCGGCCCUUCUCUACCUCGCCGCUUGCGGCGCUGGCCGAUUAGGCAUUGUGGACCACGACGUCGUCGAGCUCAACAAUAUGCACAGGCAGGUCAUUCACACCGAGGCCUUCAUUGGUCAGCCCAAAGUGAAAUCCGCCGCUACGACUUGUCGUUCUAUCAACUCCUCCGUUCAAAUCGUCGAGCACCACGAAGCUUUGUGCACUUCCAAUGCCUUAGAAAUCUUCAACCAAUAUGAUGUGAUAGUGGAUGCGACAGACAAUGCUCCUAGCCGUUACAUGAUCAGUGAUUGCUGUGUUCUGUUAGGAAAGCCUCUUGUAUCUGGUGCUGCUCUGGGAUUGGAAGGGCAGCUCACAGUUUACAAUUAUAAUGGCGGUCCAUGCUAUCGAUGCCUAUUUCCAACUCCACCUCCAACAGCAGCAUGUCAAAGAUGUGCUGAUAGUGGUGUCUUAGGAGUAGUACCUGGUAUCAUUGGCUGUCUCCAAGCACUUGAGGCUAUCAAAAUUGCAAGUGUGGUUGGUGAACCACUCUCAGGACGGAUGCUUCUAUUUGAUGCAUUAGCAGCAAGAAUACGUAUUGUAAAGAUUAGAGGAAAGUCACCACAGUGUGAAGCUUGUGGAGAAAAUGCAACAUUCACCCAGCAGCAAUUUCGAGAGUUUGAUUAUGAGAAGUUUACUCAGUCUCCACUGACUCCAUCACCCUUGAAGUUAAAGCUGCUUCAAUCAGAUUCCAGAAUAAGCAGUAAAGAGUAUCAUGAAAGGGUUGCUAAUGGGGAAGCACAUGUAUUGGUUGAUGUCCGACCAGCUCACCACUUUAAGAUUGUUUCUCUUCCCAAGUCCUUGAACAUCCCACUCCCGAGUUUGGAGGCUAGAUUGCCCGAAAUUUCUUCAGCUUUGAAGGAAGAAGAAGAGCGAAAUGGAAGUUCAAGUGCCAAACUAUAUGUAAUUUGUAGGAGGGGGAAUGAUUCUCAGAGGGCUGUUCAGAAUCUGCACAAGUUGGGUUUCACCUCAGCCAGGGAUAUUGUUGGGGGUCUGGAGUCCUGGGCCCAUGAUGUGGAUUCCAACUUCCCUACCUAUUAGCGGGCAUGUUCAUGGUGGGCUGUCUUUAAUGUGAACUUUUCUUUCUGGUUGUAGUUGUUUCUACAUAUAUCUUUUUCUAUUCUUUUUUGGUCCAAAUUUCUAUAUAUUUGUUACUGACUUAUUGUCAAUGUCCCAUAAACGAGCAAAAAUGAAAAUUACACUGGCAGUAGCUGUAUUAUUAACUAAAUUAGUCUUUGUCGCUAAUGUUAGAAAUCCUACACUA